UCUUCAAACAUACACCUUUAAUCUUCUUUUUUUGAAGUGGAAUUGAGGAAAAUGUUCAUAGCUAUAUGUCUAAAUACGUUGAGUGACGAAUAAAGUUCAUUUAAAUUUGAUUUUGCCUUUAGGAUUAAAUGUUCGGCAAAGAACGUCGACGUUUUUAUCAGUUUAACGAUUGUAAUUGAAACUGUAUUGGUAAAAGUUACUUUUAACUAAUGUGAAUGGUAACCCGAGAAUUUUAUUAUUGUGCACCAAUACCUAUAAGAAACCGCGGUAAUAGAGAAUUCGAUUAUUUAGUCGUGCAAUUUUAUCCGAGUUUUGUAACAGAGAAGUUGCAAUAUUCUGUAUCUCCCUCCUUCUUUAUGGUAAGCAGAUCAAAGGUAUUCAAUUACAAGCAAGAGGUUCUCAAGCAGGUAAAUAAAAAAAAUAUAAUUGUUGAAGGGUUUCUUUACGUAGACAAGAAUAAUCGUGCAGCAUUGUCUGUAGAACGUUGUUUUAUUCAGAUUAUUUUUUCUACAGCGCAAAUAUUUAAACAAAGAUUAGAAAAAAUAUGUAACCCAAUUAAUGUUUAACAUCGAAAUGUGAAUAAACUUUUAAAUGAGUGAUAAUUUCAAUUCAAAAAAGUUGAUUAAUAGAGUUAAACAAUUAUAACUGUGCUACACUACAAGUGAAAACUGAUUAGAAGCAUUUCCACAACAAGUUUUUUUAUAAUUGAGUACGGGCUCUGCUACGGAAUCUUCUCCCCUUUUUGGUCGAAGUUAUACCUAUUGGUCACCUGUCGAAGAAGGAGUAACAUUAUCAUGGAGAGAUCUGAGCGUUUACGUGUUAUUAAAACAAAAGGGUCAACCAUAUAAAAGAAUAAUCAAUAAUGGUAAUAUUUUAUCAGACAAUCUUUUCCCGGUAAUCAAUUUAUGAUUUUGUUUCGUAUGUUGUUUGUAAUUAGUUUCAGGAGCUGUUAGGGCUGGAAGUUUGGUCGCACUCAUGGGUUCAAGGUAGUUCUAUUGAUUAUUUUAUUAUAUACACAUUUUCUAAUUACAUACGUUUUACACUGCUUUGAAAUAGUUCAAGGCCUGUGAAAUAAUUAGGUACCCGCAUGCUUGAAAAUUCCUUGUUCCCAUGAAAUUUUACUUAAAACUUGUAUGAUGAUGUGUAUCCAUCAAUAAUUGAUUGUUAAUUUUUUAUUCUUUAUUUGACGAAAGCUCUUCUUAGAACAGAAGGAAAAUGUUAGAAAAUUCUCACAAAAGUGUAAAUUAUAAACAUUUAAUAAUUGUUUCGCCAAGUAUUACCUUUCUCUGAUGUGAGUACUUUAAAGAUGAAUUUAUCAAACAAUAACGCUUUUUCAUCUUUCAUUUCCACCAGCUACUAACUCUGAUACGCGGGUAGCCUGUACGAUUUACACUUUAGUGCAAUGCCGGGGAGCAGGGCGAAAGAAUUUCUUCAGUCUCUUUUUUCGGAAUUGUCAAAUGGGUGGAUGAAAUUUGAUUUAAAAAUUCUUAAAUAGAAUUGGUGAUAAUGCCAAAAAUUAUUUCACCAUUGGUACAGUAAAUACUCUACGUAUCUAUAGUUCUAAGGUGAGGUAGUUGUCCCAUUAUCAGCUACUCUGCAACUAGCUAACGAUUACAAAUGUUAAAAAAAGAAUGCAAUUAAUUAAAUGGUUCAUUUUCGAUAUCCUGGAUGAAGUCUUUUAAUCGAAAUUUAUAAUUAAAAAUUAAUCUUCUGACGCUUUGAACGUGUUUAAAUGUGAAUAUAAUCUUAAAUAGGAAGUGGUAGUCGCUGUGGUUAAACUCCCGUCUCUGCGGAAUCAUCAGGAUUUAAGAUGGGUUAGGGUAAUGAGGCAACUCCUAUAAUAAUUAUUGGUACACUUAAAGCAACGCGGGAGCGGGAAUGUGCAGCAUGAGUAGUUUUAUUACACUACAAUCAGACUGACGUAGUGUAAAUUAGAAACAUUUAAUAAUCGGGUAUUAUAUAUAUAGAUCAGAAGUCGGCAGGUAAUUUUAGGUAGAAAAAUUAUUGUCGAGGUUUAGAAAAAACAUAUUCCUUUCUCCAAAAAAAUGAUAAGGGUUACGCUCAAAGCUCAAGCAUACUUUAUUGUCUACAGAUAUAAUAUUUUUUCACUAAUUUAUUUGAAUAAUUUACUUUCAAAAAAUCUUUGGCGGUCCAGUUUAUGACUUUCUGGCGGUCCGGGCCUGAACCAGUUGCCGACCGUUGACUGUAUUGAAAAUGUACGAAAGUUGAUUAGACGAUGAUGCCGAUUUUCUUGUAGUGUCAUUUAUAUUUUUUCCCAAACUUUUUCUUUUUCUUUCGAAUAAUUACAAUCUGUUGGAUAUUUUUGUACAAUUUCUAUUCUAUCUUCGUGUAAAGAUGAGAAAUCUGCCCGACGAAUUAGGUGGGGCACUCGUGGUAUGCGGGAAAAAACUGCACGAGUUUCGGCGCACGGGAUACCGCGUCGGUUUGGUUGAAUUCAUAACCCCUCUUUAAAUUUCGUUCUGCACUGAUCCUACUCCUCGUUCCGGGAAGCUUUGGGUGUAUCAUUAUUAUCUAUUACCUUUUAAUAAGAAUUGCAUUUGAGAAUUCCAACACUUGAUGCAACAAUUCAUACUUGUUACCAAAAAAUAUUAAUAGUAUCAAUAAACCUAUUUUUGUUCAAAACAAAUAUAAUGUUAAUCAAAUGUAUACAUGCGUCUUUCAAUGAAAGCACAAAAUGUUAAAACCCCAAAUUGUUAUUAAAAUAAUACAUGCAUAUCAGUAAACAUUUUACAAAUUCAUACGUUUACUUGAAAAAACUUAACAAUUUUAAAAUAUUUAAGUGGAGCUGGAAAGACAUCAUUGAUGACAGCAUUGGCAUACAGGACUACCAUACAGUUGUUGAAGGUGAUGUGUUAGUAAAUGGUCAACCAAUGGGAGAUUAUAUGCGUGAUAUAAGCGGAUUUAUGCACCAAGUAGAUCUUUUUAUCGAUCACUUAACUGUUUCUGAACAUCUUCACAUCAUGGCUCGUUUAAGACUGGAUCGUAGAACAACUUCUCAAGAAAGGAAACAAAGGGUGUUAGAAAUAAUGAGAAAUCUGAGUUUGCUUAAGUGCAGACGUAGCAAAAUAUCUACAAUAUCUGGAGGAGAGAAAAAGCGUUUGUCGUUUGCAUCUGAGCUGCUUACUGAUCCACCCUUACUAUUUUGUGAUGAACCUACCACCGGUUUGGACUCCUAUUCAGCUCAAAAGUUAAUUGCUAUGAUGAACUUAAUGGCGUCAUCAGGAAAAACCAUUGUUUGUACAAUCCAUCAACCAUCUUCUCAGAUAUUUAAAAUGUUCAGUCAAGUUAUUUUACUGGCAAGUGGACGAUUAGCUUAUAUGGGAGCUACAUCUAAUGCAGCAGAAUUCUUUGAAAGUUUGGGUUACCGUAUCCCUGCCAACUACAAUCCAGCCGACUUUUACAUUAGAACUCUCGCAGUUCUUCCGGUCUCUGAAGAUUCCUGCAAACAAGCCAUUAAAACAAUUUGUGACCACUUCGCAGUAAGCGAUUUCGCUAAAGAAAUUGAUGUUAUAGUCCAGUACGAAUUCCACAUGGCUCGAACGAUGCAGAUACCGACCCUUUUUACAAAAUCUCGUUCUUUCAGAAAGGGGCCAUUCUGUUGGACUAAAUUGACUUGGCUAACCUAUCGAUAUCUCUUGGAAAUCGUAAGGAAACCAACAACCCAUCUACUACGAAUUUUGCAUAAAAUGGGCUUAGCGGUAGUUAUAGCGCUCUGUUUCGUAGGAACGAUAAAUUUAAAUCAGGGAGGUAUUCAGGCGACUCAGGGGAUACUUUUCACGCUUGUAACGGAAAACACGUUCACUCCUAUGUACUCGGUUCUUGAAAUGUUUCCGCUUGACAGGCUCUUGUUUCUCAGAGAAUAUAAGUCUGGCCUGUAUUCCCCUUGGACUUAUUACAUGUCUAAACUACUUGCAAUGUUACCUGGACUUAUAAUGGACCCAAUUUUAUUUGUGUCAGUGGCGUACACAAUUGCUGGAUUAAGGCAAGAUCUUCAUUCGUUUUCGUUGACAUUGCUUGUUACAAUUAUAACUAUGAACGUGGCUACUGCUUGCGGUUUGAUGUUUUCUAAUGCAUUUGAAUCAGUACCAUCUGCGUUUUCCGUUUUGGUCCCUUUUGAUUACAUUUUAAUGAUUACUUCAGGAAUUUUUAUAAAGUUAAGCACGCUUCCAGUAAUAUUAUCCUGGACUAAAUAUAUUUCUUGGCUAAUGUAUUCUAUGGAGUCACUCAGCAUUAUACAAUGGAAUGGAGUACAUAAUAUAAGUUGUGAAUAUAUAAACCCGGAAAUACCCUGUACAACAGAAGGCAGAGAGGUUUUAGACAAACUCAGUUUCUCACAAAAUAAUUUACUUCGUGACAUAAUCAGCAUGAUAGUCAUUUGUAUAGUUUUUCAUUUAUUAGCAUUGUUUUUCUUGUGGAAACGAAUCCGAAAAUGAACAGUAGGUAGGAAAAUCUUUUGUUCAAUUUGUAUGCUAUUAGCUGAUUAUUGGAAAUUUGUACACAUACAAAUAACUGAUUAUAACUGAUAUUAAAAAU